AUGACAAUCUCGAAAUUCACUUCUCCCACACCCACGUCUCCCUAUCCAAAAAAUCCUCCGACGCUCCAAUCCCUCUGUCCACGUCUUCUCCUCCUUCUCCUCACCCUUCGUCCAAAUAUUUCUCGACGUUUCGAAGGAUUUGGAAGGAGUAAGCUGGACGGAGGAGUUCGUUUCUCCCCAGGAGCGAUCCGGGAUAUUCUCUAUUUUGGAGGACAAUUUGGAUUCUCGAGAGGAGUGGGAGUUGCACUGUUUGAACUGAUAAGAGAUAACAAUGACCUCAUCGAAUUGGAUGCAUACUUUCUCAGGAAAUUGGAGAGAGUAUUGGUGAGAAGGUCUAUCAAUGUCUACAGAACCCUCCCCUACGAGCAAUUCCCUACUGAUUACUCUUACGACAAGUUCGACCAUAUUAACCACCAUACCACUUCCAACUUUGCUGAAAUCGUGAAAAUCAUGCAAAAUGAACUCAGAGUUGGUUCUUCGUGGCCUCUUUACAUAGACGCGGAGGGGACGUAUUCGCAACUCCUCCAUGGAUCGAGGUUGGCUCUGAUAACUAUAUUCGAUGUGGAUUCCCGGAUGGUCUAUCCAGUCCGGACCCACCACAUGUCCUACGAACAAUUGCAAUCCAUUCGUCGUGAGAUGAGAAUUGUCGCGAUUAACCGUCUCCCUAUUUACUAG